AGACGUUGUUACUACAGUACCAACAAUCCCCGACGCGCCUUCACCGCCAGUGUUUUAACCAACUUCCAGAACUUUUCCCUUUCCCUCUCCUCUCCUACCCCCCACCACCCCGGCUGCUGCUGCUAGGCUAUUCUCGAUCUCGAUCUCGAUUCCGUCUGUUCCACUCCUUCGAGAGAGCUUCCCCUUCCCGUUGCCAUUUGGGUUUCUUGGUCCGCGGUCAGAGCUCAGGUGUUUUGCUGACCCAAGCCCCUCCAACUCCGUUCCCUUUGCUUGCCCCACCAGUCGACGAACUACCAUCAAUCCACCUUCGGCUUCCCUUCCUGGCCUUCUUUCUUCACUACCCUCACCUUCCAUCGCCCAACCGUGAUUUGGCUUCUGCUUCGCUCAAUUUACCAUUCUCCCGCUCCCCCCUCCUUCCCGGGUCCCAUCCUUUCAUUCCGACAAGUCUCGGUGACGGCCACUUCGUGAGGGCGAAAGCGCCAAUCUCUGCGGCGACAUGUCUGUUUCCGUACAAGAGCUGGACAACACGGUCCGCGCCUUUUUCGAAGGCAAGGGCGAUGUGCAAAAACAAGCCCAGCAGACCUUGACCGAGUUCAAGCAAAACCCCGAUGCCUGGGUCACCGUAGGCAACAUUCUCCAGGAGGCUACAUACCCCCAAACCAAAUAUAUUGCCCUGCAAGUUCUCGACGAUGUGAUCAUGACCCGGUGGAAGGUCUUGCCAAGAGAUCAGUGUCAAGGUAUUCGCAACUUCAUCGUUAACUUCAUCAUCGAAAAUUCCGGAUCCGAAGAGAAGCUCCGAACUGAGCGCGCCUUCUUGAACAAGCUCAACUUGGUUCUGGUCUCCAUUCUCAAGCAGGAAUGGCCGCACAACUGGCCCACAUUCAUCAAUGAGAUCGUCUCCUCCUGCCACGCCAGCCUUUCCAUCUGUGAAAACAACAUGGCCAUCCUGCGCCUGUUGUCCGAGGAGGUCUUUGACUUUUCCCAGGAUCAGAUGACUUCGGUCAAGGCCCGCAACCUGAAGACCUCCAUGACCCAGGAGUUUGCCUCCAUCUUCCAACUGUGCUCCGAAGUUCUCAACACCGCCAACCAGCCCAGCCUCGUCAAGGCGACCCUCGAGACCCUGCUCCGCUUCCUGAAUUGGAUCCCACUGGGUUAUAUCUUCGAAACACCCAUCAUUAAUACUCUCCUGACCCGAUUCUUGGAUGUUCCCGACUUCCGAAACGUCACCCUCAAGUGCCUCACGGAGAUUGGUGGUUUGCAAAUUGGCACUCCGUAUAACUAUGACGAGAGGCUUGUGCACAUGUUCACGGAGACGCUCACAACGGUCUCGAACGUUAUUCCCUUGUCUUUGGACUUGAAGGAAACCUAUGCUCGAAGCAAUGGACGCGACCAAGAGUUCGUUGCCAAUCUGGCUCUUUUCCUUUCCAGCUUCUUCAGUGCCCAUUUGGAUCUCAUUGAAAAGUUGCCCAACCAAGAUUUCCUCACGCAUGCCCAUUUCUACCUCAUUCGCAUCAGCCAAAUUGACGACCGUGAGGUAUUCAAGAUCUGCCUGGACUACUGGACUCGACUGGUUCAGGAACUCUACGAGGAAAUGCAGCAGCUACCCAUCACCGACAUCAACCCUCUCGUAACCAUGGGGGUUAGUGGUCUGUCCAACGGCGGCGCACCGCACCCGAGCACCCUGGCCAACUACCCUCUUCGCAAGCACAAAUACGAAACUGUCCUGUCAAAUCUGCGCACGGUCAUGAUUGAGAAGAUGGUCCGCCCCGAGGAGGUUCUGAUCGUCGAGAACGACGAGGGUGAGAUUGUGCGUGAAUUCGUCAAGGAGAGCGAUACCAUCCAGCUUUACAAGACGAUUCGGGAGUGCUUGGUUUACCUCACCCACUUGGAUGUGGUCGACACCGAGACGAUCAUGAUUGACAAGCUCGCGAAGCAGGUGGAUGGAACUGAGUGGUCCUGGGCUAAUUGUAACACCCUGUGCUGGGCCAUUGGCUCCAUUUCAGGUGCUAUGAACGAGGAGACCGAAAAGCGGUUCUUGGUCACCGUCAUCAAGGAUCUUCUCGGCCUGACAGAGCAGAAGCGUGGUAAAGACAACAAGGCCGUGGUGGCCAGUAACAUCAUGUACAUUGUGGGCCAGUACCCCCGAUUCUUGAAGGCGCACUGGAAGUUCCUGAAGACCGUGGUCAACAAGCUCUUCGAAUUCAUGCACGAGACCCACGAAGGUGUCCAGGAUAUGGCCUGCGACACGUUCAUUAAGAUCGCCAACAAGUGCCGACGGCAUUUCGUGGCACUCCAACCGGGUGAGAAUGAGCCGUUCAUCGAGGAGAUUGUCCGCAACAUGCGCAAGAUUACCAUGGACCUCUCACCCCAGCAGAUUCACACUUUCUACGAAGCAUGUGGCUACAUGAUCUCUGCCCAGGGUCAGAAGACACUUCAAGAUCGAUUGAUUGAGAAUUUAAUGGCGCUGCCCAAUUCCGCUUGGGAUCAAAUUAUUGCGGAAGCCAACCAGAACGCCGCCAUUCUUCAGGAUGGUAACACGAUCAAGAUCAUUGGCAACAUCAUGAAGACGAAUGUUGCGGCAUGCUCAUCUAUUGGAACAUACUUCUAUUCUCAGAUUGGCCGCAUCUACCACGACAUGCUGAACAUGUAUCGAGCCUCUAGUCAACUCAUCAACGAUGCGGUGGCCAACGAUGGGACCAUUGCCCCCAAGACCCCCAAAGUCCGCGGUCUUCGCACUAUCAAGAAGGAGAUUCUGAAGUUGAUCGAUACUUACGUGGAGAAGUCGGACGAUACCGAUAUGGUGAAUGCGAAUAUGGUCCCGCCACUUCUUGAAGCGGUUUUGAUCGACUACCACCGGAACGUGCCCGAUGCACGAGAAGCCGAGGUUCUGAAUGUCAUGACUACCAUCAUCCAUAAGCUUCAUACCCUGAUGGAGGAUAAGAUUCCCGCCAUUAUGGACAGCGUUUUCAGCUGCACCUUGGAGAUGAUUAACAAGGAUUUCCACGAAUAUCCCGAGCAUCGCGUCCAAUUCUUCAAGCUCCUUCAGGCCAUCAACUUGUACUGCUUCCAGGCCCUCCUCAAGCUGGAUGGUACCCAGUUCAAGUUCGUCAUCGAUUCUUGCAUGUGGGCCUCCAAGCACGACAACCGUGAGGUGGAGAACACAGGUCUUACCAUGUGCUUUGAGCUCAUGAACAACAUGGCCGAAGCGGAUGUGCAGACCUCAAGCAUCUUCUUCCGCCAGUUCUACAUCCCCAUUCUCCAGGAUGUCUUCUUUGUCCUCACAGACAGUGACCACAAGGCUGGUUUCAAGUCCCAGGCCAUGCUCUUGUCUCGCAUGUUCGAAUUCGUCGAAACCGGCAAGAUCCAGGAACCGAUCUACGCCGCAGAUCAAGCACCGGCAGGCACUUCCAACAAGCAGUUCCUGCAGGAAUACGUCGCGAACCUGCUCCAUAAUGCUUUCAAGAAUCUGCAAGAAGCGCAAAUCAAGCAGUUUGUUCUUGGCCUGUUCACAUACACUAAUGACCUGAACAAGUUCAAGACUCACCUGCGUGAUUUCUUGAUCUCCCUCAAGGAGUUCUCCGACGACAACGCUGAUCUCUAUGCGGAAGAACGCGAGCAGGCUGUGCGUGAUGCGCAAGCCGCCGAGCGGACUCGGGCUAUGAAGGUGGGAGGCUUGCUGAAGCCAUCUGAGAUGGACCAGGAGGACGAGCUAUGACUGGAGCAGGAAUUGCGCACUGAAUUCCCCCCAACGGCGUCGGCUGGCUCUUCUGGAAGGUUGGGGGACCCGAGCUCGACGAGGAACGAUAGCCUUGACGGCUGGUCUCUUUACGAGCUCUAGAUGAUUGGAAGGGGCAUGCAUAUGAGAGCCGGAACGCGCAUAUAUCGCAGCAUAGAACCGGCCUUCUCCUUCCAGACGUUUGUUUGGCGCAAAGAUUAUGCAACGAUGCAACCGGUCUCCUUUCCUCCACUUUAUGUAUUUUGGACUGCUCUUGAUUUGUCGAGAGCGGUCAUAUUUGAUAUCUGUUUUUUCUCUUAUCAUAGCUCUUUGGAAGGAAAAAAAGGGGAAAUUCGCGCCAAGGAAUCUGUUCACCAUGAUAUGACACACGUACAACUGGAGUAUAAUCUAUCAUGUACAAAGUAGUCCUGUAGAACGUAGG